GUUAAUUCUUGAUGCUGUACCAGGUAAACUACCAGGUAAACUACCAGGUAAGCUACCCUGGUAUCUAUCGCCGACUUUGCAGCUUUGCCACGAUGCGACCAGCUACCCUAGGAUUUGGAGUCUUGGGGCCUUGCAUCGAUGUGCGGGAAGGCUAUGUCCUCCACAUUUGACGCCAAAUCACAUCGAGGUCGAUGACUCUCUCGGAACCCAUUUGGUCGACGAGAUGCAUCAUAGCGGGUGCAAACCUUCUGCAGGUCACCACCUCUCGCAUUGGUAACUACUAGAGUCACUCCCCGCGCAUGUCUCACGCCGCGCUUUGUAUCAUGCAAAUCACUAUCCUAUUUGCUUGGUCUACAAUUCUUGUAGCAGUUGUAACAGAAAUCUCUUUACGCGCUGAUAUAGAACGAACUCGUCUUUCCAGCCUUAUGAGAGGGGAAACGUUCAAGGGUCGUUCAUCGGCGGCCUCUAUUUGGGUUGCCUCUUGCGCAUCCUCCCGUCUCGAGUCUAUCAGCAAAAAAAAAAAACUCAAAAAAAAAAAACCUCGAGUGAGUGGCCGAAGAGGGCGAUCAAAACUGGGAUCCCUCAUGGAACGAACCCACGCGGUCGACCUUGCCAUGGGUGGUACCGCGUCCAUGGGUGUGAAGCUACACACUCAGCUACACACCCAUCCAAAUUCACCUUGUACCCCAGUCCGGUCACCCGUCUUCCUUAGGCCAAACACUGCCUCUCUCGGCCGUGAACAUUAUUGGCUCCGUCUGGAAACAUACCAUUCCUUUCUGGUGUGCAACCGAUACGGAAGAAUGAUUCAUCGGCCCUGGUAACGCAGGCACCCAAGGAGUGAACAUGGGUCAGAAGGAAAGGGAUGUCGAACCCCUGCUCGAAAUUAUUAUGUACACCACAAGACGAGGGGAAAAAAAAACCUACAGGCCAGCGU